UUACAACCUCCGUUACAACAACUGGAGAUAGACUUAUUGGAAGCUAAGCAAAAAAAGCAACAGAUAGCAGAUCGGAUUCUCGAUUUACAGGAGACUAAUGCUGACAAAAGUGCCGUUCAAGCACUGCAUUAUGAACGAUCGCAGAUGGUAUUUCGCAUAGCAAAACUUAACUCAAAGAUUGAAUCAGUCCAAAUCUCAUCCGAUAUCUUGUCGCUAUCUUCGAUGUCAAAUUCCGCGGUCAUUGAUGAGGCGGAAAAGCAGUUCUAUCCAUGGUCGGCUGAGGUUAAUUCUAUCUUGACCAAUCCAUUUAAACUGCGAUCUUUCAGAGAGAAACAACUGGCAGCAAUAAAUACAACACUCUCUGGUAGAGACGCCUUUGUGCUGAUGCCCACUGGAGGUGGCAAAAGUCUUUGUUACCAGUUGCCAGCUCUAGUGACAACAGGUGUUACACGCGGAGUUACAAUCGUUAUAUCACCCCUCUUAGCACUAAUAGAAGACCAAGUGCAACAUUUGGUUGAUUUAGGAAUUACGGCGUGUGUAAUUAAUAGCUUUCAAGAUGCAAAGUCCAGGUAUUGGGUCUAUGACCAGUUAGACAGUCCAGAUUGUCAAAUAAAAUUGCUGUACCUGACUCCUGAGAUGGUUGGCAAAGGGGUAAAAGUAAUGGAUAAGAUACAGAAGCUGUAUGAGAGAAAGUUCCUUGCUCGAUUCGUUAUUGAUGAAGCUCAUUGUGUUAGCCGGUGGGGUCGUGAAUUUCGACCCGACUAUAGUAAUCUCGGAGUACUCAAAGAGCGAUUUCCGGACAUCCCGAUGAUGGCACUCACGGCUACAGCCAAUAGAGAAGUUCGUGAAGACUUGGUCAAUACGCUACUCUUGAAAAAUCCGGUCACACUCGCUCGCAGUUUUGAUCGACCCAAUUUAUUAUACGAGAUCAGAGAGAAGAAAAGCAAGACAAUUUCGCGUGAUAUAGUAGGCUUUAUACGAGAUGAAGGUGUCGGGAAAGCAGGCAUUAUAUACUGCAGAACAAUUGAGCAAUGCGAGGAGCUGCAUGAAGAGUUAAGUGUACAGUAUGGAAUCAAUUCUGCAUUUUAUCACGGGAAACUGAGUCAACAAGAACGACAGUCAAUCCAAAAAAGAUGGCAAAGUGGUGAAUUUGAUGUUAUUUGCGCCACCAUCGCGUUCGGUAUGGGAAUAGAUAAAGCGGAUGUACGUUAUGUGCUCCAUCACACCCUACCUCAGUCACUUGAAGGAUACUACCAGGAAACAGGUCGAGCAGGAAGAGAUGGGAAGCCGUCCAAAUGUGUAUUAUUCUACGCCAAAAAAGAUAAAAGCAGCUUACGUUAUUUGAUAAACAAGUCGCAAGAAUAUCCAGAGGAUCAGAGGAAACGUCUGCUGAACGAUCUUGAGCAAAUAGUUUCAUAUUGUGAGAAUAAGUCCGUUUGUAGAAGGGUUCAAGUGUUGAAAUAUUUUGGAGAAAAUCUACCAUCUGACCAGUGUAAUAAUAAUUGUGACAAUUGUCGGAGAAAAUUGUCUGGUGAACCAGUUAGUCCUCAACGGAAGAGUAGAUCAAGAAACAAGUCAUAUAGACUGAAUGAAGUUGAGCGUAGAUGGCAAAUGGAAAUAAUGAGAGCAGCCUGCUCCGCAAAGGAGAUCUAA